UCAUUUCACAAUUCCACAAAUAAUUUUAGUCAACUUUUUAAGUUGUUUAUUAUCUUCCUCUUUUCCGUACAACUCCAAAACUGUGUUAGUGAGCAUUCAUUCAUCAAUUACCCAUUUUUCUCCUCUUUCUCUCUUCACUACCAAAUUGGGUCACUCUUUUUUAUUCAACUUCUAUUAUAUUAUAUAUAUGAAGAACUGGCCAUUGUUGCUGAAUCAGUUAUGUCUUUCUCUUCUUGUUAUUCCCAUUCACUAUUAGCAUUUAAUAAGGAUAUAAAACACUGUAGGACAGUUGGGCAAGUGAAGCUGAAUUUUCCUUUCUCUAUCAGGAAUAAUGGUGUUGAGCUUUGUACUCAACGCAUUUCGAGAAGUAGAGUCGGCAUAAGUGGAGAUUGGAGUUUCAUAGGAGGGUCCAGAAUUGUUGUGAAACCAAAAGCUACAACAUCGGUUUGCUAUCCAAAAAGAAGUCAAACACAUGCUUCAUGGUUCAUAGUACCUCAACUUGCUACCACUGCAUUUACAUGGGGAACAGUAGCAGUGCUCCCAUUUUACGCACUCAUGGUUCUAGCCCCGAAAUCCGAGCUAACUAAAAAGUCUAUGGGAAGUUCUUUACCGUAUGUAGUCCUGGGCAUUCUAUACGCUUAUUUAUUAUGCCUGUCUUGGACGCCUGAAACGGUUCGAUUGAUUUUCGCAAGUAAAUACUUACUACCUGAGCUUACUAGCAUAGGUAAAAUGUUCUCUAGUGAGUUGACUUUAGCCUCUGCUUGGAUUCACCUUUUGGUUGUGGAUCUUUUUGCUGCAAGGCAUAUUUUCCACGACGGACUGGAGAAUCAGAUCGAAACUCGCAAACUCAACAUCUUUAAAUUUUUGAAAAGCAAAUAG